AUGAAGUUGAAUGAUCUGAAAGGGAAGUUGAAAUCAUUUGAAGAAGAAACUCUGGGCAUUAAAGAACCGGUUCUAAGAGUCAAUGAGAUACAGACAGUGGGAGCAAAGCUUGAAGACAGUGAGAUGAAAUUGAAAACCACAUUGGAUGAGAUCAUUUCAUCAUUAACACUUCUGCCGGUCCCCGAGAUUCAUUCAAGUGACAGCCAUGAAGACGAAGCAGACGGUCCCAUUCCAGCGAUCAUACUGACCGAAACUGAAACGAACUCACACAGACUUCUAGAACAACCGAUGCAACAAACCCCAACUUCAAUAACCGAACUACAAAGCCCCUUGCAGUCGUUUAGUCUCCAGUCAUCCAGAUCGUUCAUUGGAAUCAAUCGACCAAGGAAAGAAAUACUGACUGGAAGCGUCCAGAUGGAUUCCAGAAAAAGGAUCCCGUCUUUUGACACCAGUGCUGAAAAUUUGACAAAAAUAGGAAAACUAGAAGAAAAUUCAGAUUCUAUAAAAUACACUGAAGUUACUAGAACAUACCAAGAUGAUGAAGGUAACGAAGUAGUCGAGAAGAAAUAUUAUAAAGCAGAAAGUUCUAGAAUUUCCGACCUUGUUUCGAAGCCGGAAUUUGAAAUCACCGCUGUUAAUUUAGACUCAGAGGAAGUUAGAGAACGGUUGGUUACAUCUGGCGUCAUUGAUACUGAAACAUGGGCAAGACGAACGAUGUCAAGUUCAAUGUUAAACUUGGACUCCUUUGAUAGAGGUGAAAGAUUUCAAAGUGUGCAGAACCUUUCUUCGAGGUUUGAAACAGUUGAAGAAUUUGUGAUCGAACAAGAAAUUGAGAAAGAUGAAAAAGGCGAUGAAAAAAUUUUGACCGAAAAAACUUACCCACUGCACGAGACGACAGAUGAGGAAACCCCUUGGAAACCCAAAUCUUUUGAAAACAAAGACUACAUUGUAGAAGUGACGGUAGUAAAAACAAAUGCAAAUGGAAAGCAAAUUGAAGAAACUAGAAAAUUUGCUAAAGACGAUCCGGCUAUUGAAGAUUUCGUGGCCAACAGAGAAAUAGUGAGCCAGCAGACAUUCAGCGGUAAAUUUACGAGAACAGUAAUCGAGGAAACUCGAUCGGAAAAAAUACGACUCGAAGGUACGCCUGACUUUUUUGAGUCGUCAAGCACAAAAAUAAGCACAAGACUAGAGAAAGAGUUUUACGAAGAAGGCGCGGGCAUCGAAAAGUCAAAACAAAGAGUGGGAUCAACAAUGUUCAUCAAUGAAUAUCAUCAAAACAACAGUUCGUCAGAGGUCAAAGAAACGUUCAAAGUAGAAAGGUCAGGAAAAAUCGCAUCUUUGAAAUCUUACAGUGUUGAUCAGGUGUCGAUUGUGGUAAAAGGAAGCAGAGUUCAAGAAAAAUUCCUUCUGAAAAGCGAGGAUUUAAAUCAAGUUGGAAUUUUUGAGCUCCGAGUUUUUCCUAAUUUAGAUAGCGAACUAAGUGAAAAAUUCAUUAACAGAAACAGUUCGGAUUACUGGCGAUUGAAGGAGAGUGGAAUUCUUCCAAAAGAUUUGUCGCAAGGUCAAAGUUUUUCGCACACUGAGAUUGCGGUUGAGAUUACAGUUCCAGGAACUGAGAAGGAUAUCAAUUUAGAGCACGUCUACAUUUAUAAAUGCCAUGACCAGGAGCUUCUUGAGUUUCUGAAAAUAAACAAUUUGACUGCUCAUUUUGACGAAAUGAAGAGAAAAGCUCUACUUGGAAUCACAGAAACAGGAGACACGACUCUAGGAAACGAAGCAGAAUCAUCAAGCGAUUUGGACAUAUCAUCAACUGCCGAUGUCGUGGUGGUCGUCGAGCAUUUCCAGGACUUAAAAGGUCAACUUUUUGUGAUUGUUAAAUUCCAGAGUUUUAUGGAAGAGAAGGUGUACAAGUAUCCUGCAGACGAUCCGGAACUCCUGGAGAUGGUUAGGAAUGAAACAAUUCCAGCUGAGUCGUUGCCACAUUUAAUGGUCGUCAUUGGCAACGAAGUCAAUGAAAAUCGUAAUUCAAGUCAGUCCAGAAAUGAGUUCGACAGCAGCAGUGAUGAAAAACAAUCUGAAAAUUCUUCUGACGAAGAGCUAAUUGAAAUAUUGAAUACCGACGGAACAAAACAGUUUUUCAAACUGAACGAUCCUGAACUACUUAAGCAAGUCAGAGGAACGCAAUAUGAACGAGAAAUAGUUCAGCUGCGAAAGAGUGCUUCGCGUCUCAGCGUGAACAGCCGCUCAAAGACUAAAAAACGAGGCUCAACAAGCCAAGUCAAGGUUCGACGGAGAUGGUCAUCAAGCUCGGGUGAGUCAUCAUCGGAUUCAAGCGAAGAAGAAUACGAAGGUUAUAAGGUCACACUUUUGUCUAUUAAGCUAGAAGAGAGAAUUGCAAGCGAUGGUUUGAAAUAUGUUCACGUGACCAAAGUGUACCAAAGCGCAAAUGACGACGAAGAGAUUGAAGUUCAAAAACAAAUUGCGCCCGAAUCUUCAAAGAUUCCCAAAUUACGACAGAGGCAAGCAGAGCUCAAAAUGAGAAGAAGAACUAAGUCGCAUGUCGACCGAUUGGACCUGAUGCCACAAAUUGAGUUUCACCUUGGAAGCAGUUCCAACAUUUACACGCCUAAAAGUCCUGGAAAACGACCCAGAUUAUCAACAACCAGGAGCGAGCGAUUGGUUGAAUCUCCAAUUUCAAAAUCAAUGAGCAAUCUUCAGUUUGAAGACUACGGGAGAAUAGAAGCUGAAAACGACGUGCAAAUAAAUGAAUGGACGUUUCGCGCAGAAGAAGAAAUUACAGACGAAGGCGAAAGAUUUGUUCAUCUGUUUGAAAAUAAAUAUGGAGACGAGGUCGAAACAAUCCACAGAGCCGACUCGCCCACUAUAAUUGAAUUAAUUGAAGCAGGCGAGUUGCCCGAAUCAUUUUUGAUCCCAGCAUCGGACGACGAACACGAACAAGUUGUGCAACGGAAAUUUAUGGUCAAAAAACGACAAAUGAACGAAAACCCAACAAGCGAUUCGGGUGUAAAUCAACAACACGAGGAUCCCUUGUCGAAGCAUAGGUUGAGAGUAGAAGACGCAAUUGAUAAAGAAACAGGUGAUCGUCUGAUUCUGCUGACUGAACAGUUUACAGAUGAACGCGGAUCGGAUACUUUGAACCAGCAAAUACACAGACCGCAGUCACCUAGUAUCGUUCAAUUAGUCGACAGAGGCUUAGUGCCGGCUUCGUUUUUAUUUGAAGAACCAGAAAGAGAUAUAAUUGAAGAAGAUGAAGAUGGAUUUUUUACUGAAAACGUCGUGAAACGAGUGUAUGAACGGGUUUAUUCUGACUUCGUGGAAAUGCCCUUGAGCCCGCGAACUUGUUCGUCAUUCGGGGACAACGCAAUCGAAGAUCUAGAAUGGUUCCAGAAAAAAAUCAAGCCUGAAGAUUUCGAUGUCUGCGAAGCAGAAAUGGACGUUCAUGAUGUCAAAAUUAUUGAAGAGUUUUACAACCAAUCACCGAGCUUGUUUAUCAUUUCACGCCGGGGAAAAGCCUUAAAUGGAAAAAUAGCGGCAAAGACCACACGGCAUAGAGCUAAUUCACCGACCCUGACGCGGUACCUUAAGAGUGGCGUAGAAAUCAUUAAAAUUCAUCGCCCUGUGGAUGAAAGCACACUAGCCAAAAUCACAGAAGGUGGGCAUUUUUUGCCCUAUGUUAAGGGAUUGGAAGACAAAACGAAACCUUAUUUGAACGUCAAUGACCAGAAUUGGAACAAAGGAAAGCUGAUGUCACAGCAGUCAGCGUUUUUACGAUUCCAGGACUCGGAGCUUCUCAACCAGAUUUACCAAUCUGUGGACAUCCGACCAUUGAAAGGAAACACCGUCAAAGUCACUUCCUGGCUCGAACCAAUUAACGAUAAAACAUCCGUUGUUUCUGUAGAUGCUUUGGAGCAAGUCGAUUUGUCUAAUCAGAAAACAAUUUUGCUGAACAAAGUUAUUAAAGACCAGGACGGAAAUGCAUUCCAAGAGGUGAGAAGCUUCGACCCUGAAAGUGAAGUUAUUUCUGCUCUGGUGGAGGAAGGGCUUCUCCCUAAAAGUGUGACAAUUCAAGCCCGAAUUGUCUCACCUUAUGCAGUUCUUGGCCCCGAGAGUCCCACGUCCCGCGAGUCUCCGACAAACAAAAAGCAUCGCAAAACUUCCGAGAGGUCGGAAUUACUUUCAGAAACUCUCAAAAACAAAUCGCCAACCAAUGAAAAUGCGUGGAAAAAACGAACGGCUAAAACAAUCCUCAACAUUGACGAAAAGACAUUUCCAGGAACUGUUGAAGAAAUGCGAUCUGAGAAAGGAGACAAGUUUCUAAAUGUGACUGUGAUAGAACCCAUCUCAGAAAUGCAAAAUGAUGUACAUAUUGCCAAGUUUUCACCAAAAAGUGUUUUCAUUGACCAAAUUGUGAGAUACAACUGCCUUCCAGUGACCUUGAAAAGUGCCCUUAUAACAUCUGAAGGUGAAAUAUUUCACAUUAAAGUACCAGUUGCAACUUGGGAAUCAGGAAAAGAUGAAGCACACUUAAUUGAAAUAGUCGAGCAGGAAAAACAUGUUGAAACCCAAAAAAAGGAAAUCAAAAGCUCGCUACAGAAAAGAGUAGAUGCAAUAACUACUAUAAAUAUCAAUGCCAAAAAGGUUACACAAGAUGUAAAAGAACCUAUUGGACCGACUCCACUUGAAAAAGAUGAACAAAUUCCAUUUGACACUUAUGAUCAGGAAGUGUCCAUCAAAACUGUGAAGCUGAGAAAAACAGACCUAGUAAUAGAAAAGUUCCCGAUUUUGAAUGAACCGAUUGAGGAACCGGAGGAAGAAGAAACAAAAGGAUCCAAAUUUAUUUCAAAAGUUUUGAGACAGUUCAAAGGAUAUUCAGUGUCAGAAGCGCAAGGAACUCCUAACAAUGUUCAACAAAAAGAAGAAAGUUGGAAUAUUUCGGAUCCUUUGGCGAUUGACGUUUCAGAAAUAGUCGCUGCUACAGUCAGCGUAACCGCAGAUGAAAACGAAAAAAGCAAACGAGUUUCAUUCUACGAUGAUCCUGCCGUAAAAAUAAUUUUCCCAGACAUCAAUGAAGACUUUGACAACUUCCCAAAAAAUGUUCAGAGCGAAGUGGACAGAAUAAUUGACCAGAAGUCUAAGAAAUUAAAAGAUAAAGACAGAAUCGAUGAAGAUUUUGACGAAGAAAUAGUAGUUCAAGAUAAACGGAACUUGGAGAGCACUCCAGUCGAACUUCCUGAUGACGUUUAUCAAAUUCGAGCGGGUGAAUCAAAACCCAAAAGUAGUGGAAACGGUGAAGAGCCGAGUCACAUUGUAGUUUUGAGACGGGAGAUCCGAGACCAAGACGCCGAGGAGUCUAGAACUUACCCGAGAGGAACGGAUUUCAUUUCGAAUUUGAUCAAAGACGGAAAGCUUCCCGAGUUGAAAAUUGAGGAGCCCAUUGAUAUUCCGGCAGUUGAUUGGAUGACAUCGGUAGUAGAAGUUGAAAAUAUAUCAAUCACACCUCUCAGAGCGAGACCAGAUUUGGAUAAUACGAGUGGGUCCAGCUUAGAAGCAUCAGCUUCCAGUUCACUGCCGGUCACAAACAUACACAGUUCAGCUAUGACGUCAUCUCCUGAUAUCACUAACGAGUUCGAGUCCGGAUACGAAUCAGUUACUCCAACUCAGAGUUUAGUAGCACAGGGAACAAAUUCACCGAGACAGUUAUCAAACAAGGUGACUCCUUCGAGAGUUUCCGAAAUGCCGGCCGAUGCCACAAUUUCAGAAGAGGUAGCGGAGGAUAGUUUGAAAAACGAACCCAGUAAAGUAGAUGUUGACGAUGACGAAAAUAAGGAGCCAAUUGAUGAUUACAAGUCGGUUUUGGCAGUCAACCGAAUCGGACUUUCCGAAGAAACGGCCGAUUUUGAUGAAGAUGUUCAAGAAUCCGAGUCGAACCAAGAGGUGAAAGACUUAGCAAAACCAUUAGUCUUGGAUGUUGACAACAAAUUAGAAAACGCGGGUAAAGAAUUGGCGUAUCAGAGAGUAAGUGAUGUUCAAUUAGAAGAAUCAGAAAAUGGUCGAAACGAAACAGCAGAGCCAACUUUGCUUAAUCAAGGAAUAGCCUUUGCAAAAGACUUGAUAGACGAAAAAAAUUUGAACGAGACCGAACCAAUUUAUAACCCAUUGAUAACCCAUACCAAUGAUGAAAUACAAAACAUUUCGCUUCAAAUUGACAAAAGCCUGGACAAUAUUCAAGCUGAAAAUUUCGAGGAGCCAAAAACAACCGUUGAGCCAGAAACCAAAAAUGAGAAACAUUCGGAAAUUCCGAUUCAGUACACAGGAGAAAACGAAGCAAAUAUUUCAUUGAACGUAAUCACAGAAACUACAGAACCUUGUUAUACAAUAGCCAAGUACAGUUUCUUGGCUCAAACUGAACCAUAUACUGAAGAAGUUACAAUUUCGCACAUAUCAUUGAAGUCGGAGGCCACGCAGCCAAACGAACAAUUGGCCGAAGAAAUCGUGCAGGUUUCAGAGACGAAUAAAGUUGAACUUAACGAACAGGUAAAAAGCGCAAAUAGUUCUAAAGAAGCAAGGUUCAAUGUGACUUCAAAUCAUGUUAUUCCAUUGGACUCCCAAAUUUUGGAGGACUUUAUCGAUAGGAAACUUCAAACGCCAGUUCAAAACGAGCCAGAUGUCCAUUUUGAAGAAGAUAAAGACAAUGAGACACCAGUGUCGAGAAAUGCCAUUUCGCGAAUAGAAGAUUUCAAUGAAAAACCAUUUGACGAAAAAACAGAAUACUUAGAAAUCGUGAACAAGAACAAAAUUGAGCUGAAAGAAUCAUCGAACGACUUAGAAGAUCCGAUUGAUGAAACAUCAGCGAUGAGUCCAAUACAGUACAAAACUGGCGAUGUUUCUCAUGAGAAAGGAGAAUAUACUGAAGACUUAGUUAUCGAUAAAACCAUUGGCGCGGAAUCCACUCCCACAAGUAGUGAGAUGCACAUAGAAGAACCUGUGUUUCUGGCCAGGAUUUCCCAUGUAGCUAAGCUGGUAGAAAACUUCUCGGAUGAAACCGUUCAGCAAAUUUCAGCUGAAGUACCAAAAGAAGCGCAUUUAGACAUUUCAAAUGAUGACUCAGAAGCUAAUGAAGACCUCUUGGAUCCUGAAAUUUUCCUCCAAUACGCUCCUAUGGAAACUUUUGAACCCGAUGUGAAUAUAAUUACAGAACUAGAAAGUUCUGAGCCCGCACUAGCGGGUCAAAAAUUGAUCGAUAAUAACUCGAGCGAAAAAUUAAGCGUUAACUAUAAUACGACUGGAAAGCCCCUUCAAUAUAUCUCAGCACAAAAUACCAAUAUGCCGAGCGAUGAUUUAUCAAAACUAGAAGAGCCUAUUGAACUCAACCCCGAUACCAGAACAGUAGAAUCAUCACCAGCAAACGCAUUUAGUUCAGAUAAAACUCCCGUAUCAUAUGCUCAAAAUGGAGACGAAAUAAUUGUCGAAACAGAAGUCACUGAAAAAUUAAAAACGUUGUCCCCAAAAGAAUUAUCUACACAACAAACAAACAAUAAUCUAGAGCCAAUAGAUCAAGAUAAACAUCAGUCUAUCAAUAUUCAACAAGCAAUUCCAACAAAAAUUGAAAAAUCAGUAUCAGAGGAAGUAUCAAGCAUAAAAGAUCCCUUAUCCGAGAAUCCAGAGCUCAGGGGUGAAACAAUCAGAACGAGCAAUCUACUGCCAAAUGAUCAAACUCAAGUUUCAUUACUAGUAAAUCAAAGCGCCGAGCUAAACGACGAAGAAAAUACAGAAAAAAUGGAAUCUAAGCAUCCAAAUGAACUGAUUCCCCAGGAAACGAAAAUUAACCUGGAAACUCCUCUCAAUUCAGACGAACGCAACAGGCCAAUUCAAUUUGCUCCUACUUCAUUUGAAGAAGUGCUUAAGGAUGACGAAACAAAUAUGGCCACUCCGAUUUCUGAAAACCCAGAGAUAGUUAUCACAGGAGGACAGCCUAUAAAUUUACGGCCCAGUGAUAAAAUUGAGGUUUCAUAUCUUGUGAAAAAAGACCCAGACCAAAAGAUAGAUGAAACCUUAGAAAAUUUCGAUUCAAUGGAGCCCAAUGAACUCAUUCUACGGGAAACCAGUAAUGACUUAGAAGCUCCUCCUGAUUCAAAAGAACAGAUAAAGCCUAUUCAAUUUGUACCUUCAUCAUUUGUAGAAAUACCACAAGAUAGCGAAUCUCAUAUCACUACUCCCAUUACUGAAAAUACUGAAGCAAUAAUGUUUGGAAGAGAUGACACGAGUAUAUUUCCAAACAGUCAAAUUCAUGUUUCACAUCUACAGAAUAAAGAUGUAAUUGAGCAAACAGACGAAGAAGCAGCAAAAUUCGAAUCUGCGGAACCAAAAGAAAUACUUCCACAAGAAGUUAAAAAUAGUCUAGAAGGUUCUCCGUCUUUUGCUAACCAAUCAAAACCAAUUCAAUUUGCCAAAAUGACAUUCGACGAGGUGCCUCAUGAAAAAGAAUCUCUUGUACCCACUCCUAUUUCUGAGAAUCUUGACUCCAAAGCAAAUGAGGGAGAGUCCGGGCAUUCAUUACCCAGAACUCAGUCUCCUUUGUCACACAUGACUAAUGAAGAAACGUCUGAGAUAACAGAGGAAACAGUUGAAGAUCUGAAAUCAAUGGUUCCGAAUCAAAUUACUCCACGUGAAUCUAACAGUAAACUAGAAGCUUUCCCCGGUGGUUCAGAAAACCAAAUGAAGCCAAUUCAAUUUGCUCCUACGUCCUAUGAAGAGUUCCCGCAAGACAACGAAUCUAAAUUGGAAACACCGAUUAAAGAAAACCCGGAGGCCAAAACAGUCGAAGAUGACUCUACAGGUUUGAUGUCCGGGGAUCGGAUUCCUAUUUCGCAUCUGCUCAGCAAAAACAAUCAUGAAUCAACAGAAGAAAAUGCAGAGGAAUUUAGUUCUGAGCCUCCAACUGAAAUAAUUGCUCUGGAAGCCAAAAGCAACCUGGAAUCAUCUCCAAUUUCAGAACAGCAAUCUAAGCCAAUUCAAUAUGUUCUUAACUCAGUUGAAGAAGCACCACAGGAAAAAGAGUCUACUAUAACAUCUCCACAACCUUCAGAAUCAGAAAAUACUAUCGUGCAAAGCGAUAUAGUAAUCAAAGCACCUGAAACCAUUAUCCCAGUUUCUACGGUUCAGACCAAAAAAGAGCAGGAUAAUGCAAGAGAAAGUACAGAUUUUCUUCUUGCAAAUGAGGCAAAGCAAAUAACCCCGUCUGAAACUAACAAUGAGCUCGAAAACUUAAUAGAAGACUGCGAGAACAUUGGAAGCCUUCAGUAUGCUCCAUCAAUAGAGACCAAACUUUCGGACGAAGAAACCGAAACCCUAACAAAUCGGGAAUCACUCGAAGGGGCCGAGAGAAGAAUAGAAACCAGCGAGUUCAAGCAAGAACCGCCGGCUUUUAUGGUGAGCAUUUCACAUAUCGCUAGAAUAGAAGGAGAGUCUGUCGAAGAAAAUGUUCGAGAGCUAUCAAUCAUUGUUCCACAGGAAGCUGACCUAGAAGACCUUGACCAUGCAGUAGACUUCGAAGCAACAAAAACGUCAGAAUUUUUAAUACAAUAUGGACCAGUUGAAACAAUAGAAGCUGAUGAGGCGUUAACUGUGAAAGUUUUCACGGCCGAACUGGUGUCUGCUGAAAUAAAUAUGAGCAUCAGCGAAACUACCGAAGAACUUCCUCUGAUUGUUCAGACCGUUUCUGAGUCACAAGAUAGCGAAAUUGUGACUAGAGAGGAAAAACUGGAGGAAUUUGAGGUCAGAGCUCCUGAUGAUGUUCAGAUAGUCAAAGGAGAACACAGUCCUCCAGUCAGACCCGAAUUUACAAAACAAAACUUAAACUUUGUAGCAAAACGGUUCGAUAAGCGGACAGAAGAAACAAUACAUGACAUUUCUGAGAAUCAUGACUCCAAAGCAAAUGAGGGAGAGUCCGGGCAUUCAUUACCCAGAACUCAGUCUCCUUUGUCACACAUGACUAAUGAAAAAACGUCUGAGAUAACAGAGGAAACAGUUGAAGAUCUGAAAUCAAUGGUUCCGAAUCAAAUUACUCCACGUGAAUCUAACAGUAAACUAGAAGCUUGCCCCGGUGGUUCAGAAAACCAAAUGAAGCCAAUUCAAUUUGCUCCUACGUCCUAUGAAGAGUUCCCGCAAGACAACGAAUCUAAAUUGGAAACACCGAUUAAAGAAAACCCGGAGGCCAAAACAGUCGAAGAUGACUCUACAGGUUUGAUAUCCGGGGAUCGGAUUCCUAUUUCGCAUCUGCUCAGCAAAAACAAUCAUGAAUCAACAGAAGAAAAUGUAGAGGAAUUUAGUUCUGAGCCUCCAACUGAAAUAAUUGCUCUGGAAGCCAAAAGCAACCUGGAAUCAUCUCCAAAUUCAGAACAGCAAUCUAAGCCAAUUCAAUAUGUUCUUAACUCAGUUGAAGAAGCACCACAGGAAAAAGAGUCUACUAUAACAUCUCCACAACCUUCAGAAUCAGAAAAUACUAUCGUGCAAAGCGAUAUAGUAAUCAAAGCACCUGAAACCAUUAUCCCAGUUUCUACGGUUCAGACCAAAAAUCAGUAUGCUCCAUCAAUAGAGACCAAACUUUCGGACGAAGAAACCGAAACCCUAACAAAUCGGGAAUCACUCGAAGGGGCCGAGAGAAGAAUAGAAACCAGCGAGUUCAAGCAAGAACCACCGGCUUUUAUGGUGAGCAUUUCACAUAUCGCUAGAAUAGAAGGAGAGUCUGUCGAAGAAAAUGUUCGAGAGCUAUCAAUCAUCGUUCCACAGGAAGCUGACCUAGAAGACCUUGACCAUGCAGUAGACUUCGAAGCAACAAAAACGUCAGAAUUUUUAAUACAAUAUGGACCAGUUGAAACAAUAGAAGCUGAUGAGGCGUUAACUGUGAAAGUUUUCACGGCCGAACUGGUGUCUGCUGAAAUAAAUAUGAGCAUCAGCGAAACUACCGAAGAACUUCCUCUGAUUGUUCAGACCGUUUCUGAGUCACAAGAUAGCGAAAUUGUGACUAGAGAGGAAAAACUGGAGGAAUUUGAGGUCAGAGCUCCUGAUGAUGUUCAGAUAGUCAAAGGAGAACACAGUCCUCCAGUCAGACCCGAAUUUACAAAACAAAACUUAAACUUUGUAGCAAAACGGUUCGAUGAGCGGACAGAAGAAACAAUACAUGAUAUCGGUGAAAGAAUUGCUGUGAUUCCUCAUGAAGCGAGUCCUGAAACAAAAGACAACAAAAAUAAAGCUGAAUUUCAACCGUUCCAGAUAACUUAUGAAAAUUUUCCCGAAAAGGAAAUCGAAACCGUUGCUGAAGAAGUUUCUGAAGUCCCAGAAAGCAUUUUGCCGACUUUUGAAAUUAACGAACCAGAGUUCAACUCGGAGUUCCAUAAUACAGCAGAGCAAAUUUCUCUAUUUAUUCACGAAGAAACAGAAAUCUUUCCAGAAUUGGGAAUUGGAAUGGAACAGUUAUCUGAAAAAAUGUGUCUAAAAUCCUCUAUAAGUGAUGAGAAAAUAAAGCCGAAGUCAAUCGUAGCCUUCACAAUACCUGACGACAAGGGGAAAAUGGAAGAAAUGACGCAGAUAUUGCCAGACUUGGAGUAUCAAGAACUAGUACAAUACGACAGUGGUAAAAAAGACGGUGGGCACCUAAGAGAAGAUGCUAAUAGAUACCAGCCUGAAACGCACACUGGGAAUCUUGUAGAGGAGCUUGAUAAAGAAAUACUAGAAGCAGUUAGUCCCAAUUUGCUCAGUCAGACCAUCGAAUUUGCAAAACCAAGCGAAAUUGAAACCAACCGAGAUUUGAGAAGCGGAAAAACCGAUUUCCAAGUCACGAAGUCACUACAAAUCGGAGAAGAAGUUCCAGAACUAUCCGAAAUCGAGAAUAUGGAAUUGGAACAUGGUGAACUAAUUCCAGGUCUUACAGCUCUUCAAAUCGAGGAAUUGGCGAAGCUUGAAAGCAAUGAUACUGCAAAUUGCAACGAAGUACCAGAAUCUGUAGUGAAGGAUUCUGCGACAACAGAUGAUAUUGUUACAACAGAAGUUUCCUUUAAAAUUUUGGCGGAUGAUAAAUUUUUUGAAAAAACACUCCCUGGAAUGGAAAGUGACGAUGAAAGCAAAAGUGAAAGUUCAACCGAUAUUAUUGCCGACGUUGAAAUUAAGCCAGUUAAUGAUGCAAUAAUUCAAAACAUCGAAGAAAUUGGCAAGAGAUUUGUUCACCUGUCAAUCAAAACUAUCAAAGAAGAGGGCGAAAUUGUUGUCGAAUAUCGAAGAUACGGUUUAGAUGCACCUGAGCUGUCGAGCAUUCAAGGCGACACAAAGAACUUCCUAGAACACCCAGAACAGUACAUAGAGGUCACCAAGAUGGAAAAUGAUGGAACUGAGACAAAACAGGUCACACGUUAUUAUCGAUUUGACGAUCCUGAACUACAAAAAUACUUGAAUCAAACCGGCGUUGAGCCCACAGAUCAAAUUUCAAAAAUGAGCCACCAGAUCGCAGAUGCAUCAUUGCUGGACAAGUCUGGAUUUUUGAAGGGAUCACUGGAGUAUUAUCUUGAUGAAAAUUCAAAUUACACUGUGUUUGUGAAGUUCGUAGAAAAAUCUCCACUUAACGAAACAGUUACUGAAGUUCGCAACUAUCUGUCGCAGGAGUCUGAAAAUUUCACAGUGCCUAUUUCUCAAAUUGACAUGGGUUCUUUCACACCUUUUAAAGAGCAAUUCUAUGAACUCGAUUUCAGUUUCAGUCUCGCCAAUCAACAAGUCGUAAGAGUCAAAAGAUGGUCCCCGAUUUCAGAUUCGUUCUUCGCACACUUGAUGAAAACUGAGUUUCCUGAUAACGAAAAACUUUCUGAAAAAGAAAAAUCGGAAACCUUAAAGUUGUCAAGACCAGUAAAACAGCCAGAAGAUUUUCUUCUGCAAUUUGUUCCUUCAGAAGUUAGAGAAUCAGCAAGAGCUGUUUGCUUAGAAAUCAACCCCGUUUCUGCCGUGAGAGUAAAGGAGCAUCGAUUCAACGAAAAGUUUAAUAUCGUUGACAUUGACAUAAUUCUUCAAACGCCUUCAGAAGAAGAAGCAACUUCAGGCAGAAAAAAUAGAACUAAUGAGAAAACCGGAAUUGCAAAACGCCCAGAAACUCUUGAGAUUCCAGAAAAAAAUCCUGAAAAUGCUGAAAUUAAAGUUGUCCGGCAUAGAUUUUAUUCGACUGUACCAGAGGUGACAACAUUGAAACAAAAACGACUAAUUUAUCAGACACGAAAGGAAAGGAAAGUUAUAGGGAUACUAUUUGAGGUUCAAAAAACAACCACUGAUAUCUUGGAUCGAAGAGUUUCCAAAACGAGCAGAUAUGUUAACCCAGGUGACGAAGUGAUCAACUCACAUGAACUUAGGCCAAUGAAUCAUCUUCUGAAACUGCAUCUCGAGGAGUUUGAAGACGAACGAUUGCACACAAAGAACCCCGAAGUGUGUCCAAAAAUAGAUACCAAUCGAGAGCAGUUCCGAGUUGAAGCCCAAACUGAUAUGGUUGAAAGGAUCUCAUUAGAGGAAAAGUAUGACCAAUCAGGAAACGGAGAAAGAACGAUUAGCAGGUUUAUAAAUGAGCAAAAAUUGGAUUGUAUUGUUGAAACUCGAAGUUACAAAUCGUCAUUGAAACGAAUUUUGAUUGAGACUUCGUCAAGAUCUAAUGCAGAUGUGGAGGCUCCAAAAUUUUACGAGUUCACAAUUAUCCAGAAAAAAGAAGCCCAAGUUGUGCGGAACAGGGUUUGGAUUCCAACCAGUUCUAAACUUCCGAACUUUUUAACUGACAUGGAGGAAUUGCCUAUAGCAGGUAACCGAAAGUUCAUUGCAGAAGCCCCAGACAAAGAAGGCGAAGAAACUGCGGUAAAUGUUUUAUUCAGCGAUAAUUUGAAUAUAAUCAAGGCUGAACAUCUAGAUAUUUGGGGACUUAUCGAUGCCAAUAGAAUGGACAUUCUUGAUUUCGAGGAGCUGACGCCUCGGGUUAGGAGUGGCCGAGUUGUAAUCGAAGUAAGACCAGUGAUAAGCAUGGCUAUCACUGAAUUUUGGGACGGUGAAACACGCUGGGUUUUGAAAUCACGAAAAAUGUUGGAGUAUGACAAAGUCUAUACACUUACGUCAUUCUUGAAAGUGAAAACACCCAGUAUCAAGAAAAUUAGAAAGUCAACGUCUAUGUUGAAAAUAUUCGGUUCUUCUGUAUUUGGUAGCCGAAGAGUGGUCAGCCGAAAAUCGAGAUCAAAAAGCCAGUCAGAUUUAUUGCAUCGACAAGCAUCCAAAUUGUAUUUGGCAAUGCAUUCAGGUCUAGAAAAGCUUCCCACUUUCGAAGUGAAAAAGAAAAACCUGGAGUCAAUCAGAGAUCAAACAAAAACAAAUGUAAUAGAAAUAAAAUCAAGAUCAACCAAACUUCCAGAAGAGGAAAAAGAAUUGGAAUCAGACGAAGAAGAAAAUCUAGAAACUAUUGAACCCACUCCCAUUGGAAUAAGUGUGAAACAGAUACGUCAAAAUCCGAUGUCCAAGGUAGUAAUUUUCGAAGGGACUUCUCGAUAUAGCCACGGAAACUCAUUCAUGGAGAGAAGGACGUAUAGAUCAGAUGACCCAGAAUUAAGUCGAGCUCUUGAAGAGGACCCGACUGCAAUCGUUUUACCUUUGGAUCCAAAUGACUUGCCAAGAGAGCAUGAAACGGUUCACAAAGGUAACGUGGAAGCUGCUCCUUUGACUAUAAACGUACGAGGUAGUGAUGGAAGUAGUUUCUUGUACCGAUACAUUGACGGAAAAGUUAUGAGCGACGACAAUUUAGACACUAUAGAACGUCCAAAUGUCGAAGUUUCACUUUUUGAGCCCAUGCAAGAAAUGACGCCAAUAGAAUUUGAUCUAACUCCAAAAAAUGAGAAAACAGAUGAAAGAAAACGGAGCGUCGAGAAGGUUCAAAAGCGAGUUCUCAAAAUAGUUCGACCUGGAAGCGAAGAGCAACUUACAUUAGAAGAAGCUUUCAGAAGAGAUAUAAUUGACUCGGAUACAUAUUUGAACUUGAAGCAAAGGAACAGCUUGCAAAGACCACGUGUGUAUGACCCGGUAACAGCUCAGCCAAUGAGGUUAGACAAAAUGGAGAUACUGGGAGUUGAACUGCCACCAACGAUGCGUAGAAUUGUCCAUCAUGAUUUUGCGGUGUCUGAAAGCAGUUUGGUGAGUUGGGAUUCAGAAGAGUUAGGAGCCAGGGAAGUAUCAGCUGACCAGGUUGUGCUAGCUCAACAACCACAAGGGGUUUCAAAGUUUGACAAGAACCUUGAUAGCCCAUCGAUUCAACACAAAGCAAUUGCGAUUACUUUGCCUCAAGUGAAGACAUUGCAUUCAAAAGCGAAAGAAAACCAGGAGCCAAUUUUGAUGGCUGAAAAAGAACCUGAAUAUAAAGCUAGAAUAUCAAAGAAGGUGACAGUCUUGGACCCCGUAACGGAGGAACGAAUAUCACUGGAGGAAGGUUUGAGAAGAGGUCUUUUUGACGAGAAGACGUACCAAGAGUUCAAAAAGAACGAACAAACGGAAUCAGGAGUCCCAGUUUCUAAAGAAGAAUAUAGAAGACUUAUCAAGACACAUAAACCAGUUGAAAUUAUGAAAGAAGUAGAACUGCUUUACUUCCCAGAAGUAUCGGAAGUUGAUUUUGAGACUCAAUGCAUACAAGAUUUGGUUCCCGAAAUUGAAGUUCAAAAAGCAGUUUAUGUAGAAAACGAAACGAUAACUUCAAACAAUAGUAAAAAAGUCACACCUGAGGAAGCUUACAAGAAAGGGCUAAUUGACCACUCAACUUAUUGCAACUUCAUUGAGUAUGAUACAUCAGUUGAGCUGGUAACAAUUUCUACUUCAAAAACUGUGCCGGUUAAACCUCCAGACGACAUUAGUAGCCCUGUCGAAUACAAGAACAAACACAGCUUCGAGCAAGUUACAGUCCUGGAUCCCGUGAUGGAAGUCAUGGAACUGGAGUCCGAAUCUCCAGUGGUUUUCAACCCACAAACGAAGGAUUUGGUAUCACCGACAAGCGCACUUAACAUGGGACUCAUCGAUCAGAGGACAUUUUCAAAACUGAUGUUUGAAGUAACGAGCGUAUUGGAAGACGCCAGACUGCUGAGUUCUGUUAACGACACUUUUGCUUUAAAAAUUUCAGUUUUGAAUAAGAAAACAGGCAAAAAAUUAAGGCCACGAAAAGCUUUCGAGAAAGGAUUGAUCAAUGCGGCGAUUUUGGACAUCUUGGAGAAUAGUCCAACUGAAAUUCAGUUCCUGUCUACAAAAUCAGAUCUGUGGCAGAUUUUGAUUUUCGAAUGCAUUAGCGAAAAUGACGAUGUGACACAAAUCUCGUUUGAUGAUGCGCUUGAGUUAGGAAUAAUCGACUCAAACUUUUAUGUCAGAGUUUUCGAAAAUGCAAAACAUAAACCGAAAAUGACGUCAGGUGAAGUUCCCGAGGGAGUCCGAGUGCAAUUCGAAGAGACGAAGUCCAAUGAUGCAAUUUCCGAAAAGGCAGGAAUCAUUGUCGUGACUGAUUCCGAAACUGGAAUUACACUGAACCUUGAUGAUGCGUUCAACUCGGGUUUGAUCGAAGAUGAAAAAUAUAAAGAACUUAAGGAUCGAGAAAAAGCGGGCAUUCGAGAACUAGAAGUCAGCAAAAUUGAUGGAAAAGUUUUUGUGUUUUCUUCGCAGACAGGAGAAACAUUUAGCGUCGAAGAAGCAUUCACGCGAGGUUGGAUUUCACUGCCAGUUUACGAGAGGCUGACAAAAGGCAAAGAUAAAUCGGUUCGAAAUCAGCAACUUCCAAGAUCUAUAAUGAUAACAGAUUCUUCAAGUAACAAACAGUACACAAUUGAAGAAGCAUUAGAACGGAAACUGAUUUCACAGAAGGGUUAUGCAGACAUAAUUUCAAAAUAUCUCUCAACGUCUAACGCUCCGAUUCAAGAGGAAGCAUUAGUAGCAGGUGCACACAACCGAAAGAGCUUUGCGUCGAAUCUGAAUUUGACCUCACUUCAAAACAUUGCAACUAGCUCGUUCGCAACGUCUCACGAGGUAUUAAAUUUGGAAUUUUCGGUUAAAAUAAACGAGAUUGAAUUGGUUACUUCUGAAGUUUUACCCACUUGUUUCAACUUGGACACAAAGUUAUUAGAACAAGGAGCCGAAAAAGUGCAAAUGCCGUUAAUAAUUCCAGGAGCGAUUUCUAUCAAUGAUCGCAAUGGUGAAACUAGUAUAUCUAUGGAAGAAGCGAUUCAUCAAAAAAUUUUAUCUGAACAAAACAAAACAUCACUAAUGGCCCAGCAGUACGAAACUUUACAAAAAAUUGUUUCAAAGUAUUUGAACAAAAUUAUGGUGAAAGAUGCAACGCCAAAUGAUGACAAAGUGUUUGAACAACUCCAAGCAAGUGAUCAAAAGAUAAGCGAAGAAGAAUGUUCGAAAAUCAGGGAACAGCUACUCACUAUUGUGAACAAAAACCGCAUCCAAAAAACAAUGGAAAAUCAGGGAUUUUUAAUUUACAAUUCAAAAACAGGCAAGACUCAAGAGUCGAAAAAUCACAAGAUAUUAUCCAAAAAAAUUGAUCUGACAUUCUAUCUGAAGGAUUCCAACAAGUUAGCUAGUAUUGAUGAGUUUUAUGCAUUCUUGGAACACAUACCUCAAAUGAAAACGUUUGAAAUAGUUGAAAACCUGCUGUCCAUUUUAAAAUCUCCUUCGACUGAUCCAAGCUAUUUGUUUAUUUAUUCAGAACAUAAUCAACAUUUGAGCUCUUUGGAAAACGCUAUUGCUUCGAGGAGCAUCAAUGUUCAAGAUUACUUAAGAUUCCUGCGACAUGACCUCCAAAACAUGACAUUUGUUUCGACAGAUCAAACAGAUGACCUUUUUAUAUUACCAACUGCCCUGUCACAGGGAAUCAUAACUGACAAAAUGUAUUACCAGCUAACUCAGACGGUCAAUAAUGACAGCCGAAUAGACGAUUUCGAAAUUCAUGAUCCAUUCUUUGAAACCACUUUGAAGGUAUCUGAAGCCUUUCAACAAGGAAAAAUUUCUUCAAACCAAUUAAAACUGAUUAUUCUCCUGAGCACGCAAAACCCCGAGACAACGGGUAAAAUUUUCAUAAUUGACCGGGACAACGAUUCGGUGAUUUCGCCUUUUGACGCCAUUGAGCUGAACCUUCUUGGAGUAAGCGAACUAGAUUCUUUAGUUUUGACUAAUGUGAAAUCGUUCGAAAAGAUUUCCCCACCUGGAAUUCAUAUUCUCAACCCCGAAAACCGAGAAAUUUUCACUCUGGAAACUUCCCUCGAGCUCGGUUUUACAAACAUAGAAGUCUACGAAGACCUCUGUUCAAUUGCAUAUCUGAGGCCACAAAGUGUUCCGAAGCUUCUGGUCAUGCUGGAAGAUUCGAAAUUGGUCUCACCAAUUGCUGGAUAUCUAGAUGGAAUCAUAGACUCCAAUCUUUAUGAAAAUAUCAAAACGGACAAUAUCGACUACCUCCUUUCCCUCAAACCUUCCCAAGUAACAGUCAUGCAGCAAAGUGGCACUCUCAGUCCACUAGAAUUGGUAUUCAAAGAAGACUUGAUUGACUUGAAUUCAUUUGCGAACCUAUUGGCUUUAAUGAGCGAAGAUCUCGAAAGCACUCCAUCAUUUUUGAUUUUGAAUCCUUCAAAUGGGAAGCUUCUCGAAAUUCGGGAAGCAGUGCAAAAGAUGGUGGUCGAAUUCGAAACGCUCUCAGCUGUGGAUCCAAAUAUAUUGAUGAAAUACAAGUACUCUGACACUCAAUGUUUCAUACCAGGGAAAAAGCUGUGCUUGUUAAAAGAAGCAUUGACUGAACACAUAAUCGAAAUGAAAAAUUUUAUCCAAUUUUUGAUAGACAGCGAGACGGCCGAGGCAAUGUUGAUAUAUGACGAAACAAGGGGAAUCUUAGUUAACCAAUCAGAAGCUAGCAACGCUCAACUUUUUGACCAAUCAGAUUUAGUCCACUUUUCGAUAUCCAAAAAGAGCGAAAGAUUGAUUCUGUUCCCGGAAACUCAGCAAUUUUACACAGUUGAAGACGCACAAGCAAACGCACUGAUUUCGUCAAAAUCUCAUCACUUAGUGAAAGCUGCCCUUCAUGAGUCAGGCAAGUAUAUGACACAAAUAGUGGUUUGGAGCAAAAGCAUCCAAAACAUUUUGUCGACAUACGAGGCAGUUUUCCGAGAAACAAUUACGAAAGAUCUUUUCUACGAAUUAAGCUAUCAGAGUAGUGAGUUCUGUCACAUUUUACCAAACCCCGAAAUUGAACUUUACUCCCUUAAAAUGGGAGAGCGAAUGAGCAUUUCAGAUGCAGUUUUGAACCGAUUGAUUCUUCCAGAAAAUGUUGCUCUUCUAUUAGAAAAACUAGAAACAGAGCCUGAAAUAUUCCCGAAGACGCUGAUAAUUCACGCUACACUGCAAGACGUUAUCGUACCUCUAGAUGCUGUCGAAUCAGGUUUGGUCACGCGAAAUGAGUUGGAACAAAUUUGCGACACAUUCCAAAAUUUACGCAUUCCAUUUAAAGACACAGGAUUGUAUAUUUGGCUGUCACUUACAAAGAUGAUAAUCCCUAUUUUUGAAGCCUUGCAUGAAAAAGUCAUAUCAAGUUUUGUGUUCAUGAACAUAGUUCAAAAGCUAAAAUUCGAACCUGAACUACUAACAAAACUUUUAGUUCUAGACGAAAAUACCGAAAAUAUUUUCACGCCACUGAUCGCAGUCGAUUUAGAAGUCAUGGAAGUUUCCGAGUUCGACGAAAUCUUGUCAUUGCAGCCCGAAUUGAUCCAACCAGUAAAAAGCACCGGGAUCUAUGUAUUAAGCAUGAACAAUGGUGAUUAUGACAUGAUUGAGAAUUGUGUCUUGAAUGGAACAAUAUCGCUCGAAAGUUACUCAGAGACCUUGCGACUUUUCAAAGAGAACGGAGUCGAAACUAGGAAGACAAUGCUAUAUUUUCCCGAUUCUGACGAGCUUCUGACCAUCGAUAAAGCAAUGGAGGAGAACUAUUUAACAGCAGAAGAUGCGACAAUGUUUGUAAACACAACACCUGGUUUAGUGCAGCCUGCAAAAUAUAGUGGAAUUUUUGUACUUUUGAUGCCCGAAAAGCUUCUGGUGACGUUGGAAGAAUGCCUGAAUAAAGGAGAUGUGAAUUACGAUACAUUUUUGGAAAUUCUUUCCAGACAUUACUCAAACGCAGCUAAACUGUUUGUACUACAAGUAAACUCAGACAUAAUCAUGACAAUUGAUGAUGCGCUGAUGAACCGAUUAGUUCCAAGCGAAACUUACAAAGAUCUUUACGAUCGGAAACCAGAUUUAUUCAGCGACGAAAAAGUUCCUGAAAUGUUCAUAAUGGACGCAGAUUCGGGAAAAAUUGUACUUUUAAGCCAGUCAGUCGAGGAAAAAGUUCUUCCUCAAAGCAUAGCCAUUCAAACCGAAAGAGAUCUGAAAGUCAACCCUUUUAGGCUGCGCAAACUAAUGAUAUAUUCAGCUCGACAAGAAAAAAUUUUGAAGAUUUCUGAGGCGAAGAAUCUUGAUUUAGUAGACGACCAUUUCUUUGAAGAAUUACUGAGCACACAGCCUGACGCCUUCGAAUACCCAAUCUCCUCAAAAAUAAGCAUAGCUCCGUUUGAGAAAAUGAUGAGAAAUAAUUCAGAACUUUCUAGUCUGGAAAAUUCCGUUCUGACGGGUGAAUUGGAUGUUUCAGUUUUUGACGAGAUCGAAAGGCGUAUCACGAAAAAUCCUUUAUCUGUAACAAAUGUCAUGAUUAACACGAAUGGAAAUCUGACAAGUUUAUCCGAAGCAUUCAGGCAAAACUUGAUAUCGCAAGAUAUUUUUGAUUCGUUAAAUGCGAGCGUAAACGGCGAAAAAAACGUCCUUGGCUCUAAAUGUAAGCUUUUAGACGAAAAAUCAAAAGAUGCAAUUGACCUAUGGACAGCCUUCACUUCGGGCGUAAUCGAUGAGUCACAGUACCAAGAAAUGACGAGGUGUGAAAGAGAGUUUCCAGAAACAUGCAGUCGUCUCUUUGUUUUGAGCCAGGGAUAUAAAAUAGAAAAUCUGAGAAGCAAACAAGAUUUAGAAGCUGCAUUAUCAACAUCAAGCAUGAAAAAUAUCGAAAAUCAAGAACUGGAAACACUUAUUAAGCCGAUAAUCAGUCCGCUGCCGAUGAUUUUUGACAUUGACCGCAAUAUGUCAAUUUCCGUGUUCGAAGCUUUAGAACGAGAGUUGAUUACAGUUCAAAUGAGUGAUUCACUCUGUGAACAAGUAAUGAAGAGACCGGAAAAGUUGACGAAAGUUCUGGUCCCAGACAGAAUUACGAAGAAGUUAUGGUCCCCACUCGACGCCUUGGAGAAAGGUAAAAUAAAUCAGACCGAAUUCGAAAACAUAAAAUUGAUUUCCAAAGAAGCGAACCAAUUCUUAAAAAUACCUGAUUUGAAAGUGUACAAUGAUGAUUCGAAAGCGAUCAAUCACAUUUACGAUCUCAUCAUGAAAACCGAAAUUGAAGUCGAGACGCUUAAUCAGGAACUGCAUAAAUUAACUAUUGGUGGGCUUGGAAAAUUGAGGAAGAUGCUCAUUUACAUGCCUUCGAAAAAAUCUUUUUCAUUUGUGACACAAAUUGAAAACGAAAUUCUGAUAGAGACGGAACGAGCUGAAAUAAUCAAAUUGCAUCCAGAAACUAUCGAGAGCUAUUUGAGUCCGUCUAAUGUUUAUUUUGUGAAUGAUUCUUCAAAAGUCCUUCCGAUGUGUGGCCUAUUGAGACAAGAAGUUCUAACCUCGACGGAAUAUGAAGAACUGACUGAAGAAAUUGGAACCAUGAAAAAUAUGCAUACCAAAAUUUUUGUAAAAACUGAAACACAGGAAGGUCAAAUUAAGCUGAACAACUUAUCUGAAGAUCUGUUUGAACAGUUUAGUGAUAGCUUAAAGUACAAGCUCAAAAAUUAUGGAUCGCUGCGUGAACAGAAACCACCAAGUGGAUUAACCACUUUUAACCCAAGCUCAAACGCCAUCUUGCCAUUAGAGAAAGCAAUUAAAAACAAUGAAACAAAAUUUCAACAAGUAAUGGACGAAUUUGAAAUGAGUCCUGAAGACUACACAGGAAUCCUAAUUCAAAGCGAGUCAAAAACUAUUACAGACGAAACUGAGUUACUGUGGCCAACCGAAGCUCUAAGCAGCCAUACAGUAGAAGCUUCUCAGAUUCGCGAUUUGCAAAGAGAUUUUCCGGAAGUAUUUCAACCUCAAAAAACAUCAGGUGUGACCUUGAUUGAUGUAAAAUCAGAAAACGUUCUGCCCUUGGAAGCCUCAUUUAAUCUUGGAUUGAUCACAUUUGAAUUUUUCAAUGAAAUCGUGAACAAAGUCGACAGCGACGAAUCUUUUGGAACUAACUUGAUUCUGUUCGACAACGAAUCAAAAAGAACACGCAAGAUACCUGUUGCAACAAUAUGCUUUACAAUGGCUGCAGAAGACUACGCGACUUCAUUUUACGGAGAUGAAAUGAACACCGAAGUAGGAGAAGAUCUAGUCGAUGGCGCAGCUUCGAAAAAAACGGACCUUGAGUCAAUUCCAGAAAUACAAGAACCGGUUGACGGAUCUUCUAAUAAGAAAUUGGUUAAAACAUUACCCUCUGUAAAGCCCAAAACGGCACCAGCUGUUAGUAAAGAAAAGAAAGGAACAAAGUCCCCAACAGUUUCAAGCAAACUAACAACGCCGAAAAAGCAACCCGUGGUUCGACGUCUGAAUGAUGAACCAGGAACUCCUUCUAAAACCGCAGCACCUGGGCUAAAGUCUCCUUUACGACAGCGAACCAAAUCAACUGACUCGAUCUCCAGUCAACCAGACUCGAAGAGCGAAAAGCAGUGGAGAUCCGCUCUGGUUGUCACCCCUGAAGUGGUAGAAAUUCUUCUGAGUCCUGUAAACACAUUCAUAAAAUGGAUGGCGGAAGACAUCAAAGGCGAAGCAAGCAAAGGAUCGGAGAGUCAUUCCACUGUGAUGCUAAAUGAAAUGAAAUCACUCAAUCUAGAGUCGGAAAUCAGAGUAGCCGAUGAGAUCAAACAGUUCGCGUCAUCAUUCCUGCAGAAACACGCUACUCUGAUUCCAACUGAAAGUGCACAGAAGAUAAGGAGCAAACUGCAGGAGAUGCAGAGAAAACUAGAUGUGCACAAACGCAAACUGAAUCAGCAGAAUAACAAAGAGACGGCUGGGCAGUUUAAGAAAAAGAAAAGCACCUCGACCAUCGCGGAAAACAAAGACGGUCCGUUUUUGACGGAAAUCCAAGUAAAACUGGCUGAACUAUCGGAAGUAUCAGCUUGGAACGAGAAAAACCCUCUCGACACAUUUUGGAUCUAUGGACGAGAUUCUUUUGAAGAUGUCUCUGACAUACUAUCGACAAAAAUCAACAAUUCCGAGAACAUUUUGAGAAUCGCGGAUGAGUUAAAAAAUUGGUCCGAAGAUAUAGCAAAGUACGAGCUGCAUCCGAUUUUGAAAACCCUCAAUGCAAACUUCGGAGAGACAAUUUCAAACUUUAAGGAAGAAAUAGAAAAGACGAGCAACUUUUUGCACUGCAAGCAAAGUGAUCUGAUAAAAACACAAUCACCCCUCAAGACGAUCGGGUUGAAUUUUAAACAGAUCGAGAAACUCCUGAAUAAUCAAGUUGAUAAAGUCGCUUUUAAUAUGUCACAAAAAUUAGUGGAGAGUUGUAUCGAAACACUUAACUCUAUCGAGCAGAAGUUUUUACCAGUUCUGGACAAAAUAAGUUUGGCAAAAAUUUUGAGUCCGUUCUACAGCGAACUGGAAACAAAGAUCGAGCUACUUGAAAACGGGUUGAAAAAGGUGCUGAAACAAAACUUCGAAGAUUUGGUUGAAAAAGAGAUUCUAGAUUUACUGACUGAGCAUCGUAACAACAUGGAAUCAUUGGACUCUUCUUACAAAGAUUUGAUCUCAGAUCCACCCGAGUCAAAAGAAGAUAUUUUGCACUCAUUGAAAGAAAUCUUAACAAAUCUCGAGAAAAUUUAUCUCGAACUAGAAAGUAGCAUGUUCACUGAUGCAACAACAGAGGUUAAAGUAUUAGCCAAGGCAGUCAAAUCAAAGCUGCAAAAGGUGAAAACAAGGGUUCAGAGGCUGUUUUCUCAAACUAAAGCAACGGUGAUUGGAGAUUUGACCGAAGAUGAGAAAAAGGUCAGGUCGAACUCAUUCAUGACGAUGUGGAAAAACAAGAUGCAAUCUUGGGGGACUAUGACGCUGAACUGGGACUAUUUAGUAUCUAUUCUAUCAAAAAUUCAGGUAAUGAAGAUUGAACUCGAAUGCUUUAACGAAAACGAAAAUUACGAAACCACGAAACAAAACACGGAAAAUUUAGAGGGUAAAAUCCGAAUUCUACUUGAACAGUUGAAUAUUGUUGCGAAGUCAACUAGCAGAAUCCGAACAUUGACUCACAGCAUCGAGAUGUUGGAUGAAAUCCUAAUGAAUACGACCCUAAAUGUUGACCGAGCGUUGCUACAGAGAAGUCAAAACUUAGAGGAAACGGAAAAACUCCUCGUUGAGUUGCAAGAAGUUAUAGGCGAGUUGAUUUCUUUCCGAGAAACAUCAGCAACGCAUUUGACUGCCUGCUCACCAGAGAGUGUUGAGUCAUUCUGGAGUCUUGUGCAACAAAAAAUGGCCAGCGCCGAAAAUUUCUGCAACCGAUACGCCACAAGAAUUGGAACCCUUAAAGUGGUACGUGAAGCGAUGCUGGAAAUAGUCAACACGGAAGCAACAUUGAGUCACGGUUUGGGUGAUAUAUUGCAGAAAAUUGGCAUCGACUGUUUAACUGCGCAGAAAGAAAACAUGGAGAUGCUUGUUUCGGAGAUUGAGAAGAACAUCGUGAAAUCAUCAGAAUUGAUGAAAACGAAUGAAAACAUCACUACUACACUAAAACAGCUGGAAUCCGAAUCUUGGAACACAGUCACAUUCAGUAGCCAUCCGAAGCAGUUAAAUGAAAUACUGAAGAAAAUGAAAAUAUCAGUGCAGACGAAGAUGAAUAGAGCCAACAGUGCCAAAGAAAUGAAAACAAACAGUCACGCAAGUCUGGAUGAAAUUCUGAAAAUGCUAGAUGAAAUCAAUGAAUUGAACUCUAAAGCAGAUAAUGAGGAGAACAAUGCCAAAAUGACGGAAGCAGUUAAAAAAUCAAACUCCAUUUUGAACAGCUUGGGAAAUUACAUGAUCCAAUUGGCAACGACAUUCGACGUCACCAGAGUUGAGAAGCAACUGACCAUAUCAUAUUUCAAAAAAAUCGAAGACUUCAUAAAGAUGGAAGCGGGCUUUACAGAGAGAUCGAAAGCAGUUGAAUACAUUUCACAAAUUGAGCAGAAUCUAAACUCUCUUCAAACUGCAGUGGACUCUAAUUUGUCAACCAUGAUGAGCUCACUGGAAUCACAGACUGCUCCGAGCACUUUCACCAAAGCAGGAUUUGAGCAAGGAGACCUGAGUUUGAACUGCUUUUCAUUGGAGAUGAAAGUGGCUAAAAUCCGCAUGCAGAUGUUGCAGAAUUUGACUGCUAUUGGUGCUAAUUUGAAUAGAGAGGAGUCAACAGCUAAACGAACAGAAUUUGAACGAAGAUGGUGCGAUUUGGAAGAGCAAUUUGACUCAAAACAGAGGCAGUUUGAGGCCGCAAGAGAGGGGUUUGAAAGUGCGCGUGAAUUCAUAGACGGAGUGAGUCAGUGGAUGAGGAGUAGCAGAGAGAGGGUGAAGAGUCUGUCCAAUCUCCAUCUGGACACCAACACAGUCGACACUCAAGGAAGGGUCACUAAGAAACUGGAGAAGGAGUGCAACUCAUGGUUGCAGAAAGUAGACACUCACAUCGCACGACUGAAAGAAUUUACAGAAGGAAACGAGACGCAGAGCAGCUCUGGUAUCUUUAGCAGACUGGACAGGAUCAAACAGGACCUGGAUGAUAUCAAGGACACUAUUGACAUGAAGCUACAAAAACUGAUCCAGUCGCAAUCGAUCAUCGACGUCUCCAAAGCGGCAUCGAUCGCGGGAUCAUCUUCCAGUCUAGCCAGUUCGGAAGAGCAAUCGAAACAGCUGAAGAGAAACCGACCCAAGAGCAUGGAGCUGUCUGUGCUGCACUCAAAACAAGGUGCUUCCAGUCCAAAAUUGGCAAAGCCCAUUAGACUGAAGUCGACGCAGAAUCUCAAAGAUGGGAAAAAAUAAACUAACUCAGCUUAAAAUAUUUCAUGGUUUCAAUAUUUUUGUACAUAAAACAUUUGCAUAGCUUUAAAAAGAUUUUUCAACUUCAAA